AUGGUCAUGGAUGAUGAUCAUAGACAAUGGUUAUGGAUGAUGCUCAUGGACGAUUCUUAUGAAGUCGAAGGUACACCCCCCUCUCUUUCCUUUCGUAUUGCCGACUCUAGGGUUUCGAUGGCAGAGCUUCACGAUGAUGUCCUUCCGAAUAUACUGAAAAGAUUGAAUGUGAGGGAUCUAAUCCGAUGCAAAAGUGUAUGUAAGUCUUGGGAAAAUUUGAUCUCCGACUCUGGUUUCAUUAAAUUCCAUAUGAACUAUAGUUACCAAAAUGAUUACAAAAACAAUGAUAUAGAUAGGAGGAUUGUUAUGUCAAGGGUCUCUUAUCGCAACGGGUCGCGUGUUUGUGAUGUUGAUGACAGAUUAUUUGAUGAUCGUGAUUGUCAUCUUCUUGGUUCUUCCAAUGGACUUGUAUGCAUCUCUUCUUUUGCUUCUCAACUUGUAGUAGCCAAUCCCUCAACUAGAGAGGUUCAAAAACUACAAGAGCCUCAAAUUCUUGAUACCAAGCAUUUAUGUUGGGGUUUUGGCUAUGAUUCAUCUACCGAUGAUUACAAGGUUGUAUUAGGGUUCCGUAAACGUGUUGGUUGGACAUGUUUUCAAGUGUUAAGUUUGAAAUCAAAUGUUUGGAAACUAAUUGGAGAUGUAAAGUAUUCGUUUCAUAGUAGGAUUGGUAUCUUAUGCAAUGGGGCACUUCAUUGGAUUAUGAAAGAUUCUUCAUCUCCAAAUAAGAAGAGAGUCAUUGCUUCGUUUCAGCUAUCUGAAGAAAAAUUGAACAAAAUUUCCGAACCUGAUGAUGAGCGAUAUGAAUCUGGUGUUGCUAGCUGCCCAAAUAUGAGUUUAGGUAUUAUCGAAGAUUGUUUAUGCAUAUCUCCUUGUGAUGGGUUUAAUGAUAACUUAUGGAUGCUGAAGAACUACAAUGGAAAGCUGUCUUGGGAAAUGUUUGAAAAGGGCUGUGAUAUGAACUUAGCUUUACAAUGCUUGAAAGAGCAGGAACAUUACGUUCCUAACAAGAGAACUUUGUGUCGUGAUAUGCUGUUCUACAAGACUAAGGAAUAUAUUUGUGCCCCUAUCUAUAUGGAGAGUCUUGUAUCUCCCUAUGUUAAUGGGAGGCCAAAGAGAAAGACACAAGAGAGUAAUAGCUAG